AUGCCAGUAGUAUUCGCCCAACUAAACUCGACUUCCUCAAUCAAGUCCGCUGAAACUCAUCACGAAGCUCUACAGGUAACGGUGCUCGAAGACCUAAAUCUUAUCAGUGUGAACAACAUCACGGAUGACUUCAAGGAUAACCCACCCAAGGAAUCUGUUGGCUUUACAUCUCGAGUCAUCGUUUUGGAUCAUCCCGGUCAGAUCGACAACAAAUACACCGAGGAGGUAGAUUGCCAUUUCACUUUCAUUGCCACAAAGAUCGCCCAAACCAAAAAGCUACUGAGCCACCAAUCCGUACAGGACGCUCCACCGGGGGUAGGUCGCGCAAUUCUGGAUAGGAAACAAACAGCCGCCGCCAAUUCCACCAACUCAAUGAACUUCAUGGACGCUACUAGUGACAGGUUACUGGACAAAUACGUUAGACGAGCACAAACGAGCUCCAAACCGAAAUUUCUUUAA